AUUAUUUUUAAUUUCAUGUCUACGAUAGAAGUGCACGGUUGGAGAGUUUACACCCAUGGAGGACAAAAGAUAACAGUCGGUUACACAUCCCUGGAGAUCGUUCGGCAUGUGAUGUACCUGACAUAUCAUAUCCGUGGUAUGAUAUGAGAUAUAAACAGUACGACACAUCUGUAGUAGCUGGAACACUUACCUAGAUCAUCAACAGCAAAGAUGGGCGAGAGGACGCCCCUUCUGGGAGGAAAUCUAGAACGAACUGCUGGCGGUAAAAUCCAAUUCUCUGAGUCAGCAGAGGAUUGUGAUCCGCUUAGUCGCAGACAGAUAUCCUGGGAUGAUAGCCUCACCAGUGUAGAUACAAGGAUCGUCCCAGUUAGGGUCAGGCCAAAGUCGGCACCACCACUCCAGCGUUCUGUAGAAUCAGAUGACAGUGAUGAUGGAUGGACCAAUAGCUCGAAGCGUCGAAGACCCCAAACAAGUCUUGAUCAAAGAACUGACAUAGAUGAAGAUGAGAUCUGCAGGAUUCUCAACCGACAGAAGAGUGGAGGAAGUGACGAUGAGGUUUUCCUGAACAAAGAGACGAAUAAAGACAAGGGUGUUGCCAAAGUACAGAUAAUGAAUAUAGUGUUGCUGAACAUAAUUCAAAUCAUCUGGACCAUUGCUAACCACAUGCAUUCUCCUGUAUAUUCGCAAUACCUUUAUCGACGAAUCCUGGAGGAAGUCCUCGGCAACAGCACACUGCCGUCGGGACACAAUUCAACUACCUUGAAUGCCACCCUAUGCUUUAAACCCUCCGCGAAUGAAAGCGACUCUGAUGGUAACAGCGGGUACUCUCUUCAAGAAGAAGCACAAAAACUUACAUCUCAGAUGAACAUGUACUUCUCCUUGGUGAGCUGUGCUUUUGCUCUGGUCAGCACGGUCCUGUUCGGCGCCUAUUCCGAUUAUUUUGGAAGAAAGAUGUUGUUCCUGGUGCCCUUAUUUGGACAUGUGAUAGAUUAUGCCCUAGUGACAAUAGUCAUACAAUGGUCCCUUGACAUCAAAUUAUUUUUUGUAACAGCAACCCUUACUGGCAUUUGCACAUCCGAGAUUUUCUCCAUUGCUUGCUACGCAUACGUCGCGGACAACACGCCUCCAAAAGGGACCAGAACCGUUGCCCUGCUUGCGGUUGCCAUUACGGAGACAUUGACAGGUGCAGCAUUGUCCACCGGCGUUGGCUACUACAUCCAACUGCAAGGGUUCGUCCUUCCGUCCCUCACUGCAGCGGCCAUCUUGGUUCUCACGAUACUUGCCGUUGUUUUCAUCCUCCCGGAAAAGAAAAAGGUGGCCCUUUCAUCCAAACUACGGAAGCAGAAACUCGAGGAGAAAAAAAUCCUGAAUCCCCUUAGAGCUGUGAGAAACGUGUUUAGCUUUUACUUUUUCGAAGGUACUGUCAAACUUCGAGUUAUGUAUUCGCUGGCUUUGGUUGCAUAUUUUCUCCACGAAAUUGCAGGAAAAACAGGAAAUAUUGGUACCCUGUGGGAGAUGAACUACCCUUUCUGUUGGAGCCCCGAGAUGAUGGGUUACUACAGCACUGCAUCCUCCAUAUUCGCCGAGGUAAUAAAACUCCCUCUCUUGAAGCUGUGUCAAUGCUGCUUGACCGAUCAGUUCAUCGCUAUUUGGAGCAACCUCGCCUAUACGGGAUCCAUAAUAUUGAAGGCAUUUGCCUAUGACAACUUCAUGAUGUAUGGAGUGGCCUUCAUGUCGGCAUUUGAUUUGUCUGUUUCGACCAUUAUUAAAUCCAUGGUUUCAAGCAUGACCGGGACUGAUCGACAAGGUGCCGUGUUCUCCAGCCUAGCCAUUGCCAACAUCAUUACCUCUAUCACGGGGACCCCGAUGUUCAGCGAGAUCUACAAGUAUACGUUGGACAUCUUUAAAGGAGUUACCUACCUUGUUUCUGCAGGACUCCAGUGUACGGCCACGAUUUGUUUGGUUGGGUUCGCCGUGCUCGGCAAGAUGGGGUACAUGCAGCAGACUGAGAUCAUCAAUAUACAGGAUAACAAGGAGUCCGUACCAAGCACCUCCACAGCAGAAGAGGAUUCGAAAGUCUAGAGGAUAAAUCCACUUGUUCAAGGAAUGUGCUGGUGGCUGAACAUUAACUGACUGUGGAAGACGGAGUUUCCGGUACAACCUUUAACCAACGGAUGAUGAUCCAAUACCGAAGCACCGACAGUCCGAUCUGGGUAAUGGAGUGAUUGAGACUGGGUGUUGCAAGACAAUGUUUAGUGUUUGAUGUGUUAUACGUCGAAUGUCUCACUAUUUUAACAUACAAUGAAAAUGUACAAUUGACAAAGAGACUCUCGUGAUGCAGUGAGUGAGAAAGGUGUUUCAAGACAAUGUUUAGUGUGCAGUGUGUUAUGUGUCGAAAGUCGUCCAAUUAUUGCUUGCACUGAAAAAUUACAACUGACAAACAGACUUGAGUAAUGCAGUGAGUGUUGCAGGGCAAUGUUUAGUGUUCAGUGUGUCAUUUGUCUUCCCGUUAUAAUUUGCACUGAAAAUUUACAACUGGGCAUAUGUGCCCCAUCGAAAGAUCAGUAUGAUACACUCGGGACUCUCACAGCUGGGGACAUGGAGGGCGGUAAGGCGGAAUGAGCUGGUUGCGGGAUUGGGAUAACGUUGGAUUUGGUCACAGAUGUUGCAGGAGACGUUUGAGGGUGAUGGUGAAGAAUAAAAUAGGUAGGGAAAGAUAGAAGGAGGUCACAAUUGGGGGUAGUAGUGAGCGUGCACGGCUGAUGGACGCUAUAAUAUGGAUAGGAUAGCGUCAGUGGAAGACUGACGAAGGUGGGAGAGAUUUAGGCUGUUGGUUGAAGAUUUUGGGAUUUUGGAGGCGGGGUGUGUGGUGUGUGGAUAGGGGAGGAUAGACACCGUUCGUAGUAGCUGGGGGGAGGAGACCAUGGGUCAAAGCCCGUAUGUGUUUGACUGCAUUCGUAUUUAAGCACCUGUAUGGCGUUUCUUGCACUCUUAGUCUAUUAGAAACACUACAACAUACUGGCACAUACAUUGGCAUACUGGUACCACCUGUGAAAACCAACUUUGCAAAAAUUUCGAACAUCACAUCUGGAUGCCUUUCCGUCACAAAUGAGUUUUCAGUAAAACUGACAACGAAGAGAUUAUAAAUUUACUGAACAAAGACUUAAUGGGUGAUGGGGGUCAAAACUGAUAUCAACGUUAUUAUGAGAAGAUAAUAAAUGAUAUAUUCAUU